AUGUGCUUAUGCCUCAGUAAGACAGCUAAUCGUAUUGGCCAUACUGUACAGAAGAAAUUUAAAAUAAGCAUUAUUACUGUAACUACUACUGAACCUGCUACCACUACUACUAUUAUUACUAAUGCAACAGAUGCAGAAUUUAAAUCAAAGAAACGACGACACAGCAAACCACGUACGUCACCUGUUUCGUCGGCUAAUUCACCAAUCAUUCCGCAUACCGAAACAUCGACAAAGUCGGGCAUUGUCACAACGUUAGCGCAACAGUUUGAAAUGAAUACCAAUAAGCAAUCGGUCGAUGAGCUCACUUCUCGACCAAUUAGCGGCAAUAAAUGGAGUCCAAAGGGUGGUCCAAAGCCAAAAGAAUUGUCUCAGCUGUUGCCGACAGUUGAAUUUAAGACGACGCCAGCCGGUGGAAAAUAUAAAAAGAUUGAUUAUGAAGUUAUCGAUGACAGUAAGCUGUCCAGGAAUGAGCCAAAAGAUGGUUCAUUCUCACAAUACAGCUUUGAAAAUAAACGAGAAGAAAGCUGCGUGGAUACAUCGUCACCUGAGGCACGAUUCUUUUCACCUGUACAACAAAAGGAACAGAUCACCAUUUGCGAGUAUGAUUCACAAAAAAUUAGCCGUCGAACAGGUGAAAAACCAAAUGCGCUUUCAUUUUACGAACAAAAGCCUGAAAAGCUUCCGCAAGAUUCGAUGCCUCAUCGACAUGAAUGGAUCGAGGAGAUGAAAACGGAAGUGUGGUCAUCCACUUCAAAAGGUGUUUGGCAAUAUGAUAUAAAGCAUUUUCCGCCUGCUACUAUAACACCUCCGGCAACAACAGGAACUCAUAAAUUAUGGAGCAGUACGGAAUUACGAAAUCGUGAUGUUGCAAAUUAUGACGAGAAAUCAAAAACUGAUACUGUUGGUUCCAUUCCAUCCUCAACAAUUCUCGUAAAACAGGAUCAGGAAGGACGAAUGUUAGCUUCCGAAAUAUGGGAUACGAAACGUCAAAAUGCAUCACAUUCCAUUGCUUCAACAUUGGAAAAAACACGUGAACUUGAUGAAGAAGUUGCUCAAAAAGAAAAUGUUCGUCAACAUUCGCCAAUGUGGGCAAUUAUAAAAUCAACUCGUCAUGAUGAAAGCACGGAAAAAGAAGUUUAUUUCUAA